AUGCAAAGUGACUACAGAACAAUGUGACAAUUCUCCUCUAGUUUAAGGGUAAAAGCUGAACCCAUUCAUUAAACCACGCCAUCAAGGCACAUUUUGCCACACUGUGACGUGCGGUACGAGCUGGUUUGUGAUGGUCCAGCUUUACUUUCACCAAUGGCCCGUCGUGAUGUGCCUCUCCCAAUUCUGCGACCCGACCGACCAGCUACAUCGGGGAAGCUCCACAAGCUCCAGUCUCCAUCCGCCAUUUUCAGCACACUGGAAAGCAGGUAGACCAAAAAACUCCACAGAGCCGGUAAAAACAACAGAAUCCAUGAAAUAAGAAAGGUCUUAGGAGUCUUAAAGUUCAACUGAGUGUUAAAUCCUUGGCGCAGGCUGUAAUGGCUUUGCCUCAAGGAGCAUAUGAAACCCUGGACGACAUCCCAGCCCAUGUGUGGAAGGGGCUGCCAAACAGCAUGAAGCUGGAGCCAUCAGCUGUCAACCCCAGUCGCAUUGGUGUCUGGGCAUCUAGAUUAAUACCAAAAGGCAAACGAUUUGGACCAUUUGUAGGAGAGCGAAAGAAGAGGUCUCAAGUGACGAGCAAUGUUUACAUGUGGGAGGUGUAUUUUCCAGCCUGGGGGUGGAUGUGUGUAGAUGCCACAGAUCCAAUGAAAGGAAACUGGUUGCGGUAUGUGAACUGGGCUCGAUCUUCUCAAGAGCAAAACCUUUUUCCACUGGAGAUUAAUCGAGCCAUUUACUACAAAGUGUUAAGGCCAAUCGGCCCGGACGAAGAACUUCUCGUGUGGUACAAUGGGGAAGACAAUCCUGAGAUAGCAGCUGCAUUAGAGGAAGAAAGGACUAGCAACCUGAACAAGAAGAGUUCACCUAGAGCAAAGCGAGCAAGGAGGUCUCUGAAAAGCAAGGAGCUGUCUGAAAAAUCCAGGCAGACUGAUUUGGGUGGGUUCUGUGAACCGAAGAAAUUGAGCGCCUCUGAACCCUCAAUAACAGAGAUGCGGGACUCAGAGGAAGGGCUUAAUGGUGAGGAAGGACCGUCUUCACCUUCUGAGUUACAACAGGAGAAUGCAGUUUCCCAGGCAUUGUCUACAGAAAAUGAAAACCCUGUCCAGUCUCAUGCAACAGAGAUGAACCGGUGGGAAGGACUGAAUGAGGAAAACACAGAGGCUGAUGGACAACUGCAGCAACCACAGUUAAAUCAGAGCCCACAGCACCCCUCUGAGGCAGAAUCAGUUGAGGGGAAUGAAAAGUCUCUCCUGCAAUCACAUUCAGGCAGCCCUGCGGAAGAAAGCUCAGAAAGUCCACUAUGUGAUACAGACUGUAUAUCUUCUUUAGCAAACCCUGAGUUAGAGGCAGAGGGGGAUUUUGAGGAUGACCCCCAGGGAGAAACAUACCCCUGUCAGCACUGCGAGCGUCAUUUCUCCACCAAACAGGGCCUGGAGCGUCAUACUCAUAUUCACACUACUUCAAACCAUCAAACUCAUACGUUUAAGUGCCGGUACUGUGCCAAGCCCUUUGGCUCUCAGGUAGGCAGGCGCAGACAUGAACGUCGACAUGAGAAUGGGAGUAAAACUUUAAAUAGGCCUGGGUCACUUAGCGGCACAUCAUUCCUCCCCAGUCCCACAGUGGCUAAUGACUCUGCUACCUCUGGCAGUGUGUCUUCUCCAAGCCAUUCAGUCGUUAUAAGCACACAGAAUGGUCCACCUCAGCAGACCUCUGAGAGUUUGAAAAAAGAGCCUGGUGCAGAAUCUGAUCGACCUUUUAUAGUAGAUGAGAAUGGGGAGUCAAAAGAGCUUCAUCCUUGCAAAUACUGUAACAAGGCUUUCGGCACACACACCAACAUGCGCAGACACCAACGCAGAAUCCAUGAGCGGCAUCUAAUGCCAAAAGGUGUUCGACGAAAAGGUAUGCUCCUUCAGGAGAGUUCAUCCCAACAGCAUCAGCAUGAACAAGGGCAGACAGUUUCACUCCAGGAAGAGUCACCAAGUGCCAGUCCACCACCUAUCUAUGUGCCCAGUGUGGAGACGGAGGAUGAGGGAGAAAGGGAGGAGUGCAUGGUAGAUAUCUCUAACAAUAUAUCUGAAAAUCUGAGCCAUUACAUCGAUGGAAAGAUUCCAUCUACAAGUACAGUGAGCAACUGUGAGGUCAUUGAAGUUGAUUCAAACACCGCAGCAUUGUUUGGUCUUGAUACUCUGAUUUUAAGUCCAAAACAAAUUGGUCAUGCUCUUAAAGUUGAAACACGGACAUGUCCAGCAAAAGAAGUUUCAUGCGUAACUCAGGCUACUCAGAGAAGACGAACUGCUACACCACCUCUGCUGCCUGGUGUAAAAGUGGAGGCAGAAACUGCCUCGUCGUCUUCCUCCCUGUCCUCUCCUUCCUCUCAGUCCUCUUUGCUAGUAGGAAACAUUUUCUCCCAGUCAACUGAGACAUUAGCUUUUCCAAAGGAGAAAACAGUUUAUCUAUCUCCAAAAUUGAAACAACUACUACAAGCCCCUGACGGUCAGAAACCAGCCAUUGGUCUAAUUACAGACAGUAGAUUGACCACCCCACUUUCAGUAACUUCACUGCCUGCUGUCCAGGGUAAGUUUAAAAGAAGAACUGCCUCCCCUCCCACAACUUCACAGAAUAGCCCACCACAAAGAAAUGACAACACAAACUCCGCAACUGGGGUUACGUGUUCUCUGAAGGUGCCAAAGAUGGAAAGCGUGACAGAUUCUUGGACUUCGCCCAGCAAAGAUCAUGGGGACACAGAGAGUUUGACAGGAAAAGACUGGUCUCCCUCAAGAAGUGGUGGGAAUUCUUGCAAUCAGCAGCCGCUUGACCUUUCAAAUUCCUUUAGUAAACGAGACGAUAGCAUAAGCAGAGGGUCUGGAGAGGCUGUGCUUGACUUAAGUAUGAGCCGUAAAAGUCCUGUUGACCAUGAAGUAAAGACAGGCUCAGCAACACUACCGCCACAUGUAAAAAGAAAGAAACCCAAUACUAGCAUUUUAGAGAAAGUGUUAAUGAAUGAGUAUGCUGGGCUAAACUCACCUGGAGAAGAAGAAUCCAACACUGUUGGAAGCCCUGAUGCUUUUUCAUCAUCCGAGAGUGCCACAUGUGUUGCCCCUUCUAGUCCUGGGUCAGGAUCAGAACGCCUUCCUUGUGAAUCAACCUCUCCCCCCUCCCUGACCCUUAUGACUAUCAAUCCGUCCUCGCCCUCUUCAUCAAGUAUAGCAUCAUCUACCCCACCUCCUCCAGUCUUACCCACUAUCCCAUCUCCGCCACCUUUAUCAUCAAAGCAUUUUCCGUUGUCUGACGCCUUAACACCUUCCCCUUUUCCAGUGUUGUCCCCUAAAAUGUCCCCUAAAGCUGUUGAUAGUUUAGAAGAUGUUUCAGAUUCAUCUGCUUUAACAGAACCAUGCCAUGAUGCAUUAAAUUCCAUUGUUAGUGAAUCAAACCAAACUGCUGAGCAGUUAGACUCUGUAAAUUCUCCUCUGCCUCAGGAUGCAAAAAGACAUUGUACAGCAGAUUCAUCUUCAAAGUCGGAAACACUACUUGAGGGCUCAACCCAUGAUUCUAAGCCUCAGUUUUUAAAAACUGCAGACCAAGCAGGUUCUUCUCACCUGGAGUGGGAUACUUCCUCUGAAAGCAACCAAAGCCAUUCCUGUGAAGGAACUCUCCCCCAAGACCUUAAUAAUAAAACAGAAGUCAGACAAAAAUCAAAGUCUCCCCUUUCUACAGUACAAUCAACUCCUAAAAAGGAAUCCUCAUCCCCAAACUUUCUCAGCAAAUUGCAUUCGCCACAGAGGAGCUCAGAGGCUGAUGACAACUUAAUUAUAGAGGAUGUAAGAAAAAAAGAGGAGAUGGUAGACAUAACUGCAAAUGGGGCUGACGUUUCACCUGGAACUUCAGUUAGAAGUUCUGAUGAGGUUGACUCUGCAGAGCGGGAGACUUUUGUCAAAAGUUUUGUGUGCAACGUCUGUAAAGAGCCAUUCCGCUCCAUCAAAGACCUUAGUGGUCAUAUAAUAGAGCAUGCAUCAGAGUGGCCUUUUAAGUGUGAGUUUUGCGUGCAGUUAUUUGGUAACGCCACUGCUCUUCUCGAACACCGCUCGUCUCUCCACGGGGUGGGAAGAAUUUAUGUUUGCUCUAUUUGCUCAAAGGAGUUUGCCUUCCUCUGCAAUCUUCAGCAACAUCAAAGUGACCUACAUCCAAGUCAGAGUUGCACUCACACUGCCGUUGAAAAUGGAAAGCUCAGACCUCAGAACUACACAAAUCCAGCUUGUGCAAAUAUAGAGAAAGAUGCUGUUCUUGACUCAACUGCUGGGGCUCCCUCUGAGAAUUCUUCUGAGGAGCAUAACAAUGACACUAACAAGGUGGAAGAAGAGGAAGGUGGACAUGAAGACCCUACAGAAGAGCUAUACACUACAAUAAAGAUUAUGGCAUCUGAGGCUGGCAAGCCAAAAGGUCCAGAUGUCCGGCUUGGCAUUAAUCAGCACUACCCAAGUUUCAAGCCUCCACCUUUUCCUUACCACAACCGAUCCCCGGAUGGCUCAGUUGCCUCUGCCACUAAUUUUACCACACACAAUAUCCCCCAAACAUUUAGCACUGCAAUCCGCUGUACCAAAUGUGGAAACAGCUUUGACAACAUGCCUGAGCUACACAAACACAUAUUAGUUUGUGCUAAUGCUAGUGAUAAGAGACGUUAUACCCCUAAGAAGAAUCCCAUUCCUCUCAAGCAGGUUGUGAAACAAUCUCCUAAUGGUAUUUCUCCAACAGGACCUUCAACUGGGCAGAAUGCCUUCCGCAGAAUGGGUCAACCAAAAAGGCUUAACUUUAACCAAGAUUUAACAUCCAAAGUCAAGUUAUCAGCCCUAAAUAAGAAGAAAAACCAGCUUGUCCAGAAAGCUAUAUCACAGAAGAACAAAUUUGCAGCUUCUGCAAAGAAACCGACAGCCCGGGUAAAGGAAGAGGAGACUCGUGAGGUCCAUGCAUGUCCAUACUGUAGUCGAGAGUUCACAUACCCAGCCAGUCUUACGAAACAUAUUGCUUGCAGCUGCCCGCAAAGACCUGUUGCCAAGAAGUUGAAAAAAGGUGCUCUGACACCUCAAGACAAAAACAGGAGUCUCAGAAGUCGAGCUACUGACUCUGAAGUCAAACAAGAAGCAGUUUCUGGAUCAAGCACACCGUCCUUGGGAAAAACCAGAGCUCGAACCUCUGAACCAGUUGAGAAUGAAGCUCCAGCAGCAAAUAAAGGCAAAGAACCUCAGGUACGUACUAAGAGGCCAUCCUCAAAUGUAGUCAACGCUGCCCCACAAAUUAAGAAAGGCAAAAAAAGCAAUGAGCCAUUGACUUUUAUAACUCCUGCUGUUACUGAUGACUCUUCAACACGACCACCAUCUAAAAUGCAACGUGGAUUUAAAGAGGUGGUGGUCAAGAAGGAGGUUGUUGACAAGAAAGAGGUAGUUGUUAAAAAGGAAGUUGUCAACAAGGAGGUUGGUGAUAAAAAAGAGGCAGCAGUCAAGAAGGAGGUUGUUGAUAAAAAAGAGGCAGCAGUCAAGAAGGAGGUUGUUGACAAAAAAGAGGCAGCUGUCAAGAAGGAGGUUGUUGUGAAAACGGCACAAUCUAAGAAGGAGGAACGUUUUUCAGCUAGGAUGCGGGAGAGGAAAGGUGGGCCGGUGACACGAAGUGUACAGAUGACAAGUGCUCCUUCAGAAGUAAAGAACGAAGACCUCUUAAUCAAUGAACCAGGGCAGUCUGAGGAGUCUCUUUUGAAGUUAGCCAGGUAGAAGUCCACAUUCUCUAAAGGAUUUCUUUUAGUCAAUGACUGGAAGGGGAACUUUCAACUAAAUUGGAUUAACCUGAUUACAGCCUGAAUGUUCGGGGGACCAGGAGAAUUCUUCCUGCUUAUGUUUUUGCGUCGGCCCAUUGGAAGUAUCUUCUCAGUGCACUUUUAUAAAUAAGCCUUUGGAUGUCUCACUCCCAAAAUGGACUGAAGAAAGUAAAUAAAUAAAUCUCUAUCACGCGUAACAUUACUUGAUUUAUAAAUACUGACCUUUUGAUUUUAAGGUAUUGCAAAAGGCAAUCAUUCAGCAGUUAUCCUUUCUUAGACCCAGUUUAAUGCGUAAGGUUUUUGGAUCCAGUUGUCUCCUGAUGCAUGUGCUUCUGUAUACAGAAUUAUUGGACUGAUCUUCUCAAUGUCUGUACUCCGUUUGGACCCGCUCCUCUUUUACUGAGAAAAAAAUAUUUGAAGAGUAUAUAUGUAUAUUUAAGUAAAUGUUAUCCUCCACAGGGAAUGUUUAUCAUAAUCUGAGAGGCUUUUUUUGUUUUUACUUUUGUUGUUCGACGUUUAUUUUGACAGUAAAUGAAUUGAGCUGUUUGAUACAGUCAGGGGGAGCAGGAGAAAAAAAGUUUGCUGUAUGUUAAAGUGUUUGACCUUCACCUGAACCAGCCAAAACCCGUAAGCCAUUUUCUUUUCUCUGUACCUUUUGUAAAUUACAGCAGGGCUGCUGACCAUUAAAAUCACACUAAAAUUUCAACUGGGAAUGACGAACGUCUUCUGCACUUGCAUGGAAAUGAUUUAAAAGUUGUAAGUGCCAUUAUUACAACCCAAAUUAUGUAACUGUUUGCAUAUUGGUGAUCUGGUCAAUCAGGUUGCUUGUUUCUAUGAAAAGCACUUUACUUGGGCUAAUUUGCCUUUUAUGGAUAUCUCAAAGUUUGAGGUGAUUAUACAAUAUGUGAUGACACCUGCUUGAAAACUGUAUAAGAACAGCAUUAAUUUUCACUGGUAUAUUAUACGCAUGUAUGUCAAAGCCAGAGGCAACCUCGGGAAUUUGCUUCCAGUCUAUUAAGACCUCCUUCAAGUUGCAUUAAUAGUAUAAUUACUCGUUUAUUGCCGUGACGCCAUCAUGAGCACUCGGUUUCUUUGGUAACCAAGCAUUACAUAAAUGUUUUUUUCGUUUCUCAUUUUUAUAAAAUGGAUAAGGCCUCUGCUUUAAUAGAACAUCAACUGGACUUAAAACGGUUAGUGGUCUACCUCCUGGCAAGCUUUGAACUGAUGCGUUUUCUGCCUUUGGACGGCGUAAUCCCUCUCACUCCCAUGCCCGUCUCUACCGUGUCAUUUCCACUUUACAACCUGGACAAUGAGGACAGGGAUCUGCACAAGAUCUAAAUGCUUGAAAUGUUUUUUAAGCAAGGAACUCGAAAUGAUGUUUCUUUUUCUUUACGGAAUUUCCGUCUUGCAGUAUGUCUUUGUCCUGCAUUGAUAUAUUUUUGGGAAUGAAAUGUUGACUGUGUUUUGUGAUUAUGAAUAAUAACCUUCACAAAUGUAAAAUGCAUUGUUCUAAUUGAUAUAUUAAACCGUUUUUUUCCAAUGUA